GGAUCCAGGGAGCCCCAAGCAGCCAGCACCCGCGCCUCCUGAUCCUUAAAUCCACGAGUCCCCUGUUGUCUUCCUUGUCAAAGUGACACUUUUCCUGGUCCCCGCGGCCGCAGUCUCCGGGGCAUGUCCAAAGGUUGGAGCUGGAUGUGGCCCCACUCACCGGAGGGAACUGAAAGGUUACCUGGGCGGCGGGUUGGGGGGGACGGGGCGGGGCCAGAUCGAUGGGGCGGGGCCUGUCUGGGGGCGGGGCUGGCGGCGUCUUCCGGGGACCCCGCGUAGGGCGCUGCUUCUGCGGCUGGAAGAAGCGAGCCAAGGCGCGUGCGGUGCGGGGAGGCUUCCCCGGAGGGAAACAAAAGCCCUUUCUCCCGAUUCACCAGAAAACACUGACCACCAUCACCACCAUGAGGAGGUGCCUAUAGUCUCAGGAACUGAAGCCUUUCCACAAUCCGAGACCCUGUGCCUCUAGAAUAAGAGCAUACCAGAAGCCCUUGUGUGAGGCCUGGAGGAUAAUCCUGCUUGGGUGGUCCCUCCUCCCAGCUUCUGUCUUCACGAACAGCCCCUCCAGACUCCUGUCAGCUCACCAGCUCACCUGGCUCUCCUGCUCACCUGUGCUGGCACUUGACCCCUAGAGGUCUGUUUCAGAGACAAAGAUGUAGCUAUUCCAUAAGAAAACAGUUCUGCAUGUUAUCUCUGUUGUAUGAUGCCAAGUCCAGGAACAUGGGACAUCAUCUUGACCUUCUCUUAGGAGUGGUGCUCAUGGCCAGUCCUGUGCUCAGAAUUUCUUCCUGCUCCUUUGAUGGUCAGAUGGCCUUAUAUCGUUUCUGCAACCUCACCCAGGUCCCCCAGGUCCCCAAUACCACCAAGAGCCUCCUGCUAAGCUACAACUACAUCAGAACAAUCACAACCACAUCCUUCCCUGUCCUGGAGCAGCUGCAGCUGCUGGAGCUCGGGACUCAGUUCACCCCCUUGACCAUUGACAAAGAAGCCUUCAGAAACCUGCCCAAUCUUAGAAUCUUGGACCUGGGCCAAAAUCAGGUAGACUUCUUGCAUCCAGAUGCUUUUCAAGGACUGCCCCAUCUCUCUGAACUUAGACUGUUUUAUUGUGGUCUCUCCGAUGCUGUAUUAAAAGAUGGUUAUUUCAGAAAUUUAGAGUCUUUAACUCGCUUGGACCUAUCUAAAAACCGGAUUCAGAGUCUUCACCUUCAUCCUUCAUUCUGGGAAUUGAAUUCUUUGAAGUCCAUUGAUUUUUCCCUCAACCAGAUACCGGUUGUAUGUGAGCAUGGGCUCAAACCCCUCCAAGGAAAAACACUCUCCUUUUUAAGCCUUGCUGAUAAUAACCUGUACAACAGGGUCUCAGUGGACUGGGAAAAGUGUAUGAACCCAUUCAGAAACAUGGUCCUGGAAACCCUUGAUGUUUCUGGCAAUGGCUGGACAGUGGACAUCACAAGAAACUUCAGCCAUGCCAUCAAUGGAAGCCAGGUUUUCUCUUUGGUUCUUGCUCACCACAUUAUGGGUUCUCACUUUGGCUUCCAUAACAUCAAAGAACCUGACCGGAACACAUUUGCUGGCCUGGCCAGGAGCUCGAUGAUACAUCUGGACCUUUCACACGGGUAUAUCUUCUCCCUGAACUUCCGACUCUUUGAGAUGCUCAAGGAGUUGAAGGUUCUGAACCUUGCCUACAACAAAAUAAACAAGAUUGCAGAUGAAGCAUUUUAUGGACUCGACAACCUCCAAGUUCUCAAUAUGUCACAUAACCUGCUAGGGGAACUUUAUAAUUCUAAUUUCAAUGGAUUACCUGAGGUUGCCUAUAUUGACCUGCAAAAGAAUCACAUCGGGAUCAUUCAAGACCAGACAUUCAGAUUCCUGGAAAAAUUAAAUACCUUGGAUCUCCGAGAUAAUGCUCUUACAACAAUUUAUUUUAUUCCCAGCAUACCUACUAUCUUCCUGGGUGGCAAUAAGCUGGUGACUUUGCCAAACAUCACACUUACAGCCAACUUCAUCCACUUAUCAGAGAACAGGCUGGAAAAUCUGGAUGAUCUCUACUUCCUUCUCCAGGUCCCUAAUCUCCAGAUUCUCAUUUUAAAUCAAAAUCGCCUUUCCUCUUGUAACCAAAGGCAUGCCCCAUCAGAGAAUCCCAGCUUAAAACAGCUUUUCCUUGGAGAAAACAUGCUGCAACUUGCCUGGGAAACCGGGUUCUGUUGGGAUGUUUUUAAGGGGCUUUCCCAACUCCAAAUCCUGUAUUUGAAUAACAACUACCUGAAUUUCCUCCCACCAGGAGUUUUUCACCAUCUGACUGCACUGAGGGGACUCAGCCUCAGCUCCAACAGGCUGACAGUUCUAUUCCCUGGUGACUUACCUGCUACUUUGGAGAUCCUGGAUAUAUCCAGAAACCAGCUCCUAUCUCCUGAUCCUGAUUUAUUUGCAUCACUCAGUUUCGUGGAUCUAACUCAUAACAAGUUCAUCUGUGAGUGUGAACUUAGCACUUUUAUCAAUUGGCUCAAUCAAACCAAUGUCACGAUAUUUGGGUCUCCUGAAGACAUAUACUGUGCGUACCCGAGUUCGUACGCUGGAACUUCCCUCUACUCUGUUUCCACGGAAGGUUGUGAUGAAGAGGAAGUUUUAAAGUCCCUCAGGUUUUCCCUUUUCAUCUUAUUCACUGUCACUUUGACUCUGUUCCUCACGACUAUCCUCAUAGUCACGAAGUUCCGAGGGUUUUGUUUCCUCUGUUAUAAGAAAGCCCAGAGACUGGUGUUCAAAGACCCCACCAAGGAAAGAGAAUCGGACACGUAUAAGUACGAUGCUUACUUGUGCUUCAGUAGCAAAGACUUUGAAUGGGUGCAGAAUACUUUGCUCAAACACCUGGACGCUCAGUAUAGCGACCAAAACAGAUUUAACCUGUGCUUUGAAGAAAGAGACUUUGUGCCAGGGGAGAACCACAUCGCCAACAUCCAAGAUGCCGUGUGGAGCAGCAGAAAGAUUGUCUGUCUUGUGAGCAGACACUUCCUUAGAGACGGGUGGUGCCUUGAAGCCUUCAGCUAUGCCCAGAGCAGGUGCUUAGCUGACCUCAAUGGUGCCCUCAUCAUGGUGGUGGUCGGGUCCCUGUCCCAGUACCAGCUGAUGAAGCAUCAGUCCAUCAGAGGAUUUGUACAGAAACGACAGUACUUGAGGUGGCCUGAGGAUCUUCAGGAUGUUGGCUGUUUCUUAAUAAACUCUCUCAACACAUUCUAAAGAAAGGAAAGGGAAAGAAGAAAGACAAUGACAUUCAGUUGCAAACUACAACCACCAUCUCCUAGUCAAAGGAACAGUUUAACACUUACCUCAAGCCACAGAUAACUCUUCACCUUGUAUUUCCACUAAGUUACCAUGAGGGGGUCCUCUGGGGACUUGUUGCUUUUCUACUAUGAAGACAACAUAAAUCUCUUGAUUUUCAUAGGAACAUGACAUUUUGUCUUACCAACUUCUGCAUGGAAAGGAAUAGAUCUAGAAAAUUGCAGCCACCCCCAGAGCGUCCCAACCCUCCACAGAUUUCCUUUCAGACCCAAUAACAUUGUUCCCUCCUGUUGCACUGACUGUGGGGUAAAUCCUUGUCGUGGGAAGGACGCCUCAAGUGAAGUUACAGAUGGCCGACACCCAGGUGUCUCCAGCAUUCAGUUCCUGAAGGAGCUGGCCGAUGACCCGGCACUCUGAGCCCUGCAGAACAACACUAAGUAGAAAACGAAUGGAAAAAGAGGCAUGCUUCCUGCUUCUGCCGUGGGAACAGUGCCACUGCUCAGUCUCAGGGAUGAGGGGGGCCACGGAGAGGCUGACGGGAGAAUGAUUAGGUUUCUUGUGGCCAUUCUGCUCCUCUUCUUACCUUCUGGGUCUAGUGGGCAGUGAAUGUUCUUUUUUGCUUGCAAUCUUUAUCUCCACCUGGCAUAGGAGAACUUCCAUGAUUUAGCAGCAACCUUUUCCAGCUGUAUUCCCCACCCUCACCCCACCACACCCCAUUUAUCAGCCACACAGCCUGUUACAGAAAGAUCUUGGACUUGGGACCCAGAUCCUGAUGUGAGUUCUGAUUCUGCUGCUCAUGAGCUGUGUGACCUCGAGCACGUUACACACCCUCACUGGUCUGCUUUCUUAUCUAUAAGUGUCAUCAUAUCUACCUCAUAGAGUUGCCAUGAGAGUGAAAUUGGCCAAGGAUAUUGGGGCAUAGACCCAUCCUGAGCUGCUCUAAUGGUCAUGGAAGGAUGCUCACACCAGGGGACCUUCUGGAGACAGUCAUAAUUUCUUAGAAGCUGUAUUUUUUUUUAUCUUAAAAGAAAUUUAUAUGUAUUUUGCAUUGUUUCCUGUUUAUUUCAAUAUAGAAAUAUUUUUGCAAAAGCAUUAAGGAAAUCUAAACCAAGGAAGGUGCCCAAGUUACCCCAUGGCUUCCCAUACAGAUGCCUCCAAAUCCAACCCAGCCGGGGACUCAGCACUUCACAUGUCACACUGUUCCCCUCACUGUCCUCCCUGCAUCCUAACUUCUCCAACACACACUCACAGACACACACACACACACACACACACAGGCUGUUGUCAUCCCAGCUUCAUGGGGCCCCUCUGAUCCGUGAGACUGAGCUUGCCCUGCUCCCAUUGUUCUUUGUUCCUUGAAACACCCAUUAGCAUUGUUCUUUGGCACGGCCACACCCCCUCCUCCAACUCUGCUGCUUCCUUCUGGGAUAUUCUCCCAUCCUUGCAAUCCAUCCUACCCGUUCUUCAAAAUCCAGCCCACCAAGCCUCCUUGGGAUGCCCCAACCCAGAUCCUCUCUCCCUUUUGUGCAAACGCUUGCACUUUAUCUGUCCUUUUAAACAAACUCUUCAUGUUUCCUGCCUCCUUUGAGAAUCGAGAGCCUACCUGGCCCCCACCCCUCUGGACUAUAAGCUCCAUAAGGAAAGAUCCACAGCAGAUCCCAUACGGUUUCCAGACCACAAAAGGCUUUCCCACCUACACUUUUCCAUGCUUCUUCCUCCCUCUGGAAUUCCUUCUGCCCACCCCCCUCCGUCUCCCUGGUGAUUUCCUAGCACCACCACCCAUGCCUUAUGACCUGAUUGAUAUACAACAUUGUGUUGGCCAAUGUGUGUGCGGGUGUGCAGAGGCACCCUAGGCUGUGAGCCCCUGAAGGCAGGGACCGAGUCUUGUCAUCUUUGUAUCCUAAACCCAGUAUGCUGCCUGGCCCAUAGUGUGUGCUUAAUAAAUGCCUGGUGAAUGGGAGGCAGAACCCUGCCUCCCCAGUGUCUAAGCUGCUGCUAUUAGGUGCUCCUGGGAGGGGCAGGGCAGGACCAGGAAAGCGGGAUGUCCACACAGGUGCUGAAAGGGUAGGAGACCACAGGCUCUAAGAAACCUACUGAACUUUGUCUCAAAUGAUAGGGCAUGGGUGGAGCUCCUAGACUAGCAGCCAGGAGUUGGGCUAAGAUGGAGGGAUGGAGGGAUGGUGGGAAAGGGAAACAGGGUGAAGAAGCUCCUUGUGAACCUUAUACUAAGAAAUCCUCAAGGGAAGGGUAUAGCUCAAGUGGUAGAGCGCGUGCUCAGCACCCAAGUGGUCCCAGGUUCAAUCCCCAGUACCUCCUCCAAGCGGAAACCAAUGAAGAAACCUAAUUACCUCCACUCAUAAAACAAACAACACAAGCCAAGAAAUCCAGUAAGACAAAAAGCAACAACAAAGUAUUGCUGCCAGUAACGGUGAUAACCACAGAUCCGGAAGAUGGCAGUACGGUCACUUCGGCUCAGCGCAGUCUCUCUUGCCUGACCUGCUCGCCAGCCAAGGCUCUCCGGGGGCCUGGGCAGCUCAGACACGGAUGCAGUCUCCCGAGCAGAACCUCCUGUAAGAACAAGGCUCCUGAGGGAGGAGCUGGGGGUUGGAGAGGAGGCAGUGCUACACUCGGCACCCCUCUUGCUUUGGGUGACCUUCCCCGUGACUCUCUUUUCCAACCAAACCUGGGCCGUGUGAAAUGACAGGUGCACGUGUAUUUAUAAGAACGAUAAGUCAGAACACAGAUAACGUUUGACAUCCGAAAGGAGUCUGUCCCGCAGCCUUUUGGAAUCCUACUAUUUAAACACACAAAUGGCAUAAUCUUCCUACUGAAACACAUUGAAAAAGGCACCUUUGGACAUUUCCAUACAGAGUUUAUUCAGGACCCGUUCAUGGCCUACUUCUCAGCCACCACAGAAUUCAACACUCCACUCUAAUUUAUUCCAAAACUUCUCUUUUCUGGCAAAGACAAAAGUUUCUUAAAUUCUCUUCGUUCGUCUUUCCUUCCAUCACCAGGCUCAGCAGUUGGAAUGGUUUUUGAGGCUAUUUUGCCAAGUCCCACUUCACAAGAGUUGUGGCGUCUCUGACACGAGAUUAGAGUAGCAGCGCCGUGUUGAGACAUGGGUACCGGGUGGUCCACGCAACUCGGAGUUAGGCCUCGGUAGACUGAUAAAUUCCAUAUAGCAUCGCCCUUUGGGGUCACUCCUAAAUAGGAGGAACUCCUCCAAUUCAGUUUAAGAACAGCAAGUGCUUGCUGUCUUUGAAAUUGAGGCUGUUUGGGAAAUUUUACAAUAUUGGUUGGGGCUGCUGAAAACUUCAAAGAGAAUACCACUCAUCAUCUCAAGUACAGCUGGCCCUGAAAAUGUCUUGCAGUGAAUAUCAUUUAGAUAGUCUCAAUAUAAUGUAAAGGAAAUGUGGUUGAGAGUUGGAAAUUACAAAAUAACUAUGUCAGAGAAGAGGAGAAUGUGGGUACAAGUGUAAGAUAGAUAAAUGCUCAUCUACCAUAAUUGAAAAUGUCUCGAAUGUUAAAUCAAGAAAGAGCAUUCUGAGUCUGUAUUUGGAGAUAUGCAAAUGCCAGAGGGAAGAGCUAGACAAUUAAUGGUGAUUGCCUGAGGGAGUUCUGCCCAAUUCUUCCCUCAGGAACAUCUAAAAAGGUAAAGAAACUAUUUUUAAGUCUAUUUGGAUGUAUUGGGGAACUAUAAGGCAGUAAGUAGAGCUAAGAUACAAGAGAAGGACAUGAAGCAAUUGAGAUCAAGAAGGAGGACCACAUUUAAAUUAAGCCCCACCCAUCAAAAGGCCAUCAGUGAUCAAAUAGGCCAGCGACAGUAUGGAAAAAUAAGACAUGCAUCUAUAAAGGACCCAUAGCCAACAUAGGAAAGCCCCCAGACAAACCAAGAAGAAAAAGACAACACAGAAGAAAAAUGGACAAAAGGCUUAAGAAUUUCACGAAAGGAUAUCCAGUGACCAAAAGCAAAUGAAAAGAUAUUCAACCUCCUUUAGUUAUCCGGGAAAUGCAAAUUAAAACCACAUCACGAUACCACUACACACCCUCCAGGAUGGCUAAAGUUAAGAAGACAGACAGUAUCAAGUAUUGGCAAGGAUGUGGAGCGGUUGAAACUCUCCUGCAUUAUUGGUGAGAAUGUAAAUUGGUAUACUUACAAAAACAGUCCAUCAAUAUCUACCAAAGUUGAACCCACAUGUGACCUGUGACACCAUGACUCUACUCAUUGGUAGAAACCCAUACACACGUGCACCAGAAGGCAAAAAUGUUACGGCAGCAUUAUUUGCAGCAGCUGCCGUUGGAAACAACCCACAUGUCUACCAACCAUAAAAGGGAUAAAUAAAUUGUGGUUAUUGAAAACUACACAGAAACGGCCAUUACCCAACUGCAGCCACAUGCAACAGUGUGCGUGAAUCUCACAAAAAUGUUAAGUCAAAGAAGCGAGGCAUGACUACGUUACGUACUGAGUGGUUCCAUUUUUAACAAUUUUCAAGGAGGCAAACUCACAUAUGAGGCUAAUGGUUACCUUUGGGGAUCAGGGCGGGGAGCGUCAGAGGGGGGCUUCCAAAAGCUGGUCAUGUUCUGUUUCUUGAUCCAAGUGAUGAUAUGUGUAUGUCCACUUUGUGACAAGACAUUUGAUUGUAGCAAUUAAUUUGUUCACUUUUCUGUAUAGUAUUAUUCUUCGGUUUAACAAAAACCAAAACCAAAUAUCUUAUCUUUGUUAAGAUCGACCUCUGGUCUCGGUGUGUUUCCCUGCCCAGCCCCAACCAACGGAAAAACACAAGUGAUUGGCUGGGGGCCUUAGGGAGACUGAGGGAGGCGGGGGUGGGACAGGCCACAGCCAACUUUCAUUUUGAGCCUCUGGUAUUAUUUAAUGUUCAACCCUGUGCAGGCAUUUCAUUAAGAAUAUUUUAAUAUAGACAGACUAUUUAGCCAGUAUUUACAUAGAUAAAAUGGAGACACUAACUUCUGUCCUUGACAGAAGACAAAGAAAAUAGAAUUAGCUAGAAUUUAAAAAUUAAACCAAGAAAAGAACCAGCAAAGAAAAACAACAUUCUUUCAACAGGUGACCAUACAUGUGAAUGAUACAUAGGAUGUUUUGCUCAAUUUUAUUUUUCUUAAGAUUAAAGAAACGCUUCCUCUGUUUUACUAGCAAUCAAACAUCUGAUGUCUCCAUGGCCCCAAUAACUUCCAUUUGGAUAGACCUGUCUUAAACAUCUUUAUUUUCCAGACAGUUCCAUGGCAGGAACUCGCUCGGGCUGUGGUCCUCUCAGGCCCCACAGGUCUGGGCGAGUGUGACAAGGAAGCGUUAUUCCUGAAACUGGGGGCCCUGCUCCCGCAGGCUGGAAACAGUGUUUCUUUUCCCAGCGCAGGCACGUCACCUCUGCAGGCCCCUGUUUUCCUGUCUCCUCCACCGGAAGGUUGUCUCUCUGAGACGUGAUAAAAUCAAUGACAUCAUGUCUCAUCGGGCCCCAGCCACCUCAGGAAGCAGGUGCUUUGGUGUGGUGGAGCCUGGGGCGUUUUUCUGUGGAGCUGACCUGGGUUUGCUGCUCAAGCAGCUCUCAGGACCUAACGCUUGAGGCCGCUUUCAUGGUUUUUCCAAUGACCUUGGCCAUGAAUGGGUCCCCAGCUCUUUCCCCAGCUGCAGCUGUGUUGUAAGGCCGGCAUCUUCCAGGCCUGCAGGUCUUGCCAAGCCUGGAGGGAUUUGCAAAAAUAAGUAACCAGUGUUUCUGUGCUCCAGAAAACACUGUGAAAACAAGAGAGCCCUUUUGGAGAGGGGACCAGGAGUCACCACUGGUGCUUCCUGGGAGGACCUUCAGGCUUAGCGUCCAACAAAGGAGGGAGCACUGGCUGGUGAAGGCACCGCCUCUAGCUGGACUCAGUCUGCAGCCUCGAGUGAGCCUGGGGCAGGCGUUCCCCAGCUCGCAUCCACCUCAGACACAGCCAUAGGAAACGCUCAGCUUGGAACCCGGAGAUGUCCUGUCUGUGUGUGGUUUCACUGCUUGGAGCGUCAGGAUUUGGUUUGUUGUUGUAAUUUCCCCCCCAGGAUUAAAAAGUAUGUAGAAACUAGUAGCACAGUUCUAGCACAAAAUAAAUGCACAUUAACACCUGGCGGCUGAUGGAGACAGGGCUGUGUCGUGUAAAUCGCCCAUCCAAGUUUCCCUGGUUCCUUGGAUCUGCCUUCAGUUCCUCUGCUCUGUCCCUGGGGUGAAACUGACCUCUUUGGAAGUUUAGGCAAUGCCUUUGGAAAUCUGAGAAGGAAAUCCCUGAGCUGUUUGUUUGUUUGCUUUAAACAUAAAAUGAAAUGGACAGAUCCUAACUAUAUAUACUUCAGUGCCUUUUGACAACUGUCUACACCCAUGUCAUCAAGACCUCAGUCAAGAUACAGAGGACUGACAUCACUCUGGAAAGUGCCCUCUUACUCUUUUUGGCUAGUACCUGCCCCCGCCCCAACUCAGAUAACCACUGUCGUGACUUCCAUCCGCCUGCAUUGAUUUUUGCCUCUUCCCGAACUUCACCUAAACGGAAUCAUUCAGUCAGUCCUUUGCAUCGGCCUUCUUUUACUUAUGACCUUUUGAGAUUCUUCAAGGGGUCACAUCCAUCAGCGGUUUGUUCUCUUUCACCGCAUUGUGUGGAUUUUCCACCAUUUAUUUAUCCCGUCUCCUGUUGAGAUUUGUUGUUUGCAGUUACUUGCUACUGCAAAUAAAGCUACCAGGGACCGUUCUUUUACAGAUGUUUUUCUGGUUGUAUUUUUAUUUCUCUUGGGUAAAUAUCUCAGAGUGAAAUUGCUGGGUCAUAGGGUAGGAUACAUUACUUUGAAGAAAAAAAAAAUUGCCAAGCAGUUUUCCAAAAUGUUGAAGAACAUUUUGCAGAACUACCAAGCAAGCAUGAGGUUCCAGUUGUUCCAGGUCCUUGCCUGCACUUGGCGUGGUCGACCUUUUGCAUGUUAACCUUUCUAGUGAGUGUGAAGUGGUAUCUUAGAGUGGUUUUCAUUUGCAUUUUCCUAAUGACUAAUAUGUUGGAUACCUUCUCACGUGCUUGUUGCCCAUUUGCACAUAUUCUCUUAAUAACUGUCUCUUCAUGUCUUGGGUCCAUCUUAAAUGAGUUGUUUAUCUUUUCGUCAUUGAUUUGCAAGUGUCUUUCAUACCCUCUAGGUACAAGUCUUCCUCAGACAUAUGAAUCACUAAUAUUUUCUCAGUUUACAGCUUGCCUCUUCAUUUUAUUAACAGUUUCUUUAAUGAGGAAAAGCUUUUCAUUUUGAUGGAGACCAAUUUAUCAAUUUAUUUUAUAGUUGGUGUUUUUGUGUUCUUACCUGAUAAAUGUUUGCCUGUAUCAAGGUCAUGAGGAUAUUCCUCUGUGUUUUCUUCCGGAGUCUUUCUACUUUUCACGUUUAUAUUUAAAUCUGUGCUUGCUGCCCUGCUUUGGGGGGCUGAAUGCACAGCCCCAGGGAGCUGUUUUAGCAGGAGACGCACCCCAGCCCAGGGGAAUGCUGACCGGACACUGAGGGGUUGUCCUUUGCUUCCUUAUCCUUCUUCCUUCUGAAUAGCAAGGAAGAUUUAGAAGCUGUAGCCUCAGGCUGAGUAAAGGCACAUGAAAGCUGCUGGGAGCAUCUUUUUUUUUAAGCAAAUGGCUGUCUCUGCCAAGGAGGAAAAGAAUGAACAUGUUUUGGGCGCUUCUAUUGCUGGUCUCCUUGCUGGGAAGUCCACCUAAGUCAUCUCACCUGAGCCCCAGGGCAGGCUCGGGUGAUGAGUGGUCACCUCCCCACUCACGAUCUCUAAUCAUUGGAUGAUCUUCCGCUCUUUUACAAGAAGGAAACUCAGACUCAGGUUAAGCAGGGCGACUGUUAGUGAGUGAUUCAAAUCUGCGUUUUUCUCUUUUGGGGGGGUAAUUUUAUUUUUUAAUUUUUGGGAUUUUUUUUUCCCUUAAGGGAGGCAUGGGGGAUUAAACCCAGAACCUUGUGCACACAAAGCAUGUGGGCUGCCACUUGGCUACACCCCCCACUCCAUGCAAAUCUGUGUUUUUCUGGCUCUGCUUCUUCUUACUGGGCCACUGAAAUGCUUGCUCAGGGAGGCUGCUCACUUUGCUGGGAUCUCCCUUGUUCUUCCCUCGUUGCCAAGACGUGACCGCCCAGUCCUAGCAAACCACCAGAGGACGCCUGCUCUCGGAGCUGACUGCAAACAUUUGCCCUCCCUGCACAUCUGCUCUUUCUUUUUGUUUCAGUCAGGAUUCAGCUGGGAAAACAGAAGUCACCCUAGGCAUUCAAAGUUUCAAUUUAGAGAAUUAAGGGGUACAGUGAACCAGAGGGAGACCUAAGAGAGUGGAGGUCAGGGAGGUCAAUGCCAAAGGCCAGCCUGCAACAUGCAAGUAGGCGGACCCGGAAGUCACAUCACUGCCAAAAGCCUUUAGGAAGCUCCCACCCGCUUCCUGUGCAGCAGCUCAGGGAUGUUGCCUGAGAGCACUCCAGGAAGACAUCCCAAAUCUCGGCUCCCACAGCUCUCGCUGCAACUGCCUCCAAAGAAUGACGGCCUUUCCUCUUCCUGCUUCCUAACUUUAGUAGCAUCUCUCAUUUGCAAACUCUAACCAGGAACCAGGCAGGAAGGGCAUCAGGGAAAUGUUCCUGGCUUUGCUCUUCUCUGCAGAAGCCGCCUUGAAGGUGGGGAGAGGUGGUGAUUCCUGGUUGUCCUCAGACCGUCGGGUGCUCCCUCGAAGAGGUGCUCCAGCCCCUGAGGGGACUCUGAGUCCUCUGAGUGGUAUUUUCCGGGCCCCCCAUGGAGCUGGGGCUUGGCGUGCUUGUGUCCCCACAGGAGACGUGCAGAAGGAGAGUGAUUCUGGGCGAGCCCAGACCUCAGAGACAUUACCUAAGGUGGCGGGCCCGGGCAGCUGUGAAAAGAGCCACAGUGUUACCUGAAAACAUCGCGCAGGGCAGCAAUCUGAAGGGUCCAUCCUGUGUCCCCUGCAGGCAGCCCGGGCCCUGCCAUGGGGCUUCUGUGGCCUCAGAGGAAACAACACACACUGAACGACAUGCAUCCAGAAGCCUGAGCGACUCCUGCAGCCCCAGGGGGAGGGGACCGGGAGCUGGUUUGGGAACGUGAGGGGGCUCUCCUACCACAAUGGCCAGUUGCUCAAAGGAAACCAUCAUAGAAACGAAAAAAAUGUGGGCUAUGGAGCAUCACGUGUUGAACUGCACCCCCUCAAAAGCUCAACCUCCAGAGAGCGAACCUGCAGACACUUGAUCUGGGACCUCCAGCCUCCAGAACUGGGAGACAAUAAAAGCCUAUUGUUUAAGCCACUCAGUCUGUAGGAACUUGUCACAGCAGCCCUAGGAAACCAGCACAGGGAAGGUCAAUCCUUCCAGAGAUGGGAGAGGGGUGAGGUGUUCCUGGCUGGUCUGACACAGAUCGGGAGUGCCUGGCUGUGGGUUGGAAAAGAACUAGAAUCUUCUACUGAUGUCUCAGCAUCCCGUUCCAUCACAUCACUUGGGCUUCAGUCUUGCUUGGCUAGGGAAUCCCGUGGCCCAGGUGCUGGAGGUAGCCAGCAAGGAGACUGGAAGGCUGAUAGGGUCCCUGGGCCAGUGGAGCUGGGCCGCGAGCAGGCAGAGCCCUGCUGUGGCUCCCUCGCCCCAUUGUUGGUCCGGACCCCAAUCUGCCUCCAGGAUGUACAGUGUCCACAGGGUCUGCCUGUCCCCUGAGUCCUGCCCGCCCUCCUCUGCCCAUAACGGUGGAGGAGGCAGACGGAGAAGGCACAAUUCCUAUCCACAGCCCUUCCAUCCUUCAUCCAGCCCUUGAUGAGAACCGGUGUGAAAUGCUUGGGCCGGUGGAAUUUCUGCAGCAGGGUGAGGUGGUCAAACCUCUCACUGGCGGAGUUGGACUGAUUUGGUUUUGAAUCCCAGUGGUUCCGCAGAUUAGAUUUGUGAGUUUGGGCCAGUCAAUGAACUCUCCUGAGUUUGCGUUUCCUCAUUUGUAUUAUAGGACUAAUAACAGAGUUUUGUGAGUCUUAUUUGCAAUAAUCCACGCAUUUGGCAUCUAGCCCAAGUGCAACGGCCUCUAGUGAUGCACACUAUUUCUCCUGCUCCUUCCCCGGCUGAGAUGCGCAUUGAUAUUCCCUGCUGGGGAGAGCGGAGUCUUCUUCCUGGGAACGGGAGCUGAGUCAGCUCCCUUGGGACUGUCCAGGCGGCUGCCCUUUCCGCACCCCGCAGAGGAGAGCAACAAACCGAGCGUGCUCACUCGCCUGCUCUGUAAUUUUUAAUGUGUUUUUAUCUUUGCAUGAAGGGAGCGGAUGCUAUUUUUUUUAAUCUUGAAUCUUUCUGCAUAUGUAAUGAUUGACCCCUGCAUAUAUUCUGUCUUCAGGUAAAAAUCGAUGGCGUUUCAAUGGUGUCAUCACCCCUGCUGCUCAGACUCCAGGGAAGCCUCAUGGUGAGUCCAUGUUUAAGAUUAGGUUUAUCUGUCUGUUUACACUGUGUGAGUUCCAGGAUUUCAGGGCUGAUGCAGGAAAAGAGCAUGACCACUAGGUGGCAGUGCACACAGCGCGCUUUAUUUAGAUGGCACUUGGACAGGUUACCUGGGAGGGAGAGUCCCUCGCAGCAGGAGAGCUUCCAGGGACAGAGGCUCAGGGCCACCACCCAGAAGGGGAGAGAGCAAGGGCACUACAUGUCUAGGUGAGGUCAUUCAGCGGCAUGGUGCAGAGUCUUCAGGCCAGAGAGCUCCGAAGGGCAGCCACAGUUUGGGGUCUUUUAUAGACCUGGGAUUUGUCUUCUCUACGGCCAGCAGAUGUUGGGUGCAGGUUUGUGAGGUUAUUAAAAGCAGGCAGGCUCUAAAUGGGUUUAAAAAAAAACUUAUCUGGGCUAUAUCUAAAGCCAUUGGGUGUGUAAAAAUUUGACUUUGGUGCGGGUGAGCAUGGAGCUAGUGGUUCUGUACCACUGUGCAGAAGUGAACAGCCUAGGGGCCAGUGCACAGGGGCCAUUUUAAACCCAUUUAUACAACACAGCCCUAAAGAAAAUUGUGGAAGGCACGCAGGACCUAUUUGUCUGGCCUCCUUAGAUUGUGUUGUAGUCUCUACCGCCAUGGUGGUGAGUGUGGAUGAGCCCUAGUGGCUGCCCAGUAAAGUUUACAAACUACUGCCCAGCCCAGCCCAGAUCCUCAGCUGUCACGAAAACACAGUAGAAGGAAAAGCAGGAACAGCAUAGAAGCAGUCCCAGCACGCUGGGGAUAGGGUUGCCAGCCCCAGGGUCACUGUCUCCACAGGAAGUCCCUAGGCUCCUGCCGAGGGUCAGCACAGACCUGAAGUUUCAGGGCAGCAACAAUGUGUGGGUGUCACAGCCUCAGCCGACAAAGGGCUUGCUUUCUUCAUUGGCAGAUUUUUCAUUAUUUCCAUGAAGCAGAUGAUGAUGUAUUUGGCCGACAGACAUCUUGUUCAAUGGAUUUCCAAGCUGGUUAUAAAAAUAAAAGCGAAAUAAUGCCAUCGUAUCUAAGAUGUCAUUGAUUACAAGCUAUUCCUUUAUUGGAUGUACCACUCAUAUAUCUUAAAAACUGCCAUUUAAAUAAUGGCAAUUGUUUGUAUAAUGCAUGCUGGUCGCUCAGUGUUAAGUAUGAAAGAAAUGUGUUUUGGAAUUGAUGAGCUGCAGUACUACAAACUGCUCCCUUGUGGAUGAGCCCACACACAUCCUCCCACACACACAGAGCCCGUGGCGACAGAGAAAAGGUGCCCUUUCCGCUCCCACAUCCUGUGGUUUUGGUCCAAUGCUUUCCUCGUGGGAGGCUCAGCAUGUUUCCAUGGGCCCAGAUCCCCCGCUGGAACAGGGAGUCCCUUGGGGUAGCACUGUCAGAGGUUCCCCAGGUCUCAGACAGCAGGAUCUGACAUUCUUAAAAAUGGAACACACUGAAAUAGUGUCAUUAUGUAAUGAGUUUAUCCUCUGUUCCUAGCUGCGGCGCGAGGAUUAGAGCAGAGGCUUGGCGAACUGACCCCAGUCGGGAGGGACCACCAUUUGCCCCUGUAGAAGAGGAGAAAUCAUUUUCUCUCAACUGUUCUGAGUUCUUAGCUAAGACUCCUGUAAUAAAAGACAGAUUAACAAGAGAAGAGCAAAUAAGUUUAUUAACAUGUGUACCUCCUGUAGACACAGGAGAUACCCAGGGAAAAAUGAGUAACUCCCUGAGAUGGUUUAGAAUUCAGGCUUAAAUAUCAUCUUCAUAGGGAAAGGGGCGGGGGGAUAUAGGCCUCUUAGGGGAGAGUAAGUGAUUCUGGGGACAGGUGAAUGGGCCCUCGGGAGACUAGACGGGAGAUACGGUUUGUGACGGAGUCUGUCUGGAUGCGGUGUCGCUGUCUGGUCUCCUGUCCUGUGAUGAGUCAGUCUUCCCUGACUGAUGAAAGUCCCAGGGAGGGGAUUUAUGACCAGUUAUGUUUCUUUUGGAGGAGCCGUCUUUAGGCAGAUAAAGGAAGUUCAGCUAAAGCUUUUCUUUGCAUUGACUGUUUCUCAGGUGUCUGUAGCUCAAAAUAAUCAAUAUGCCAAAGCAGCGUAUUUGGGGUGCAAUAUUCUGCCAUCCUUCACCUCCUUGACCAAAUCAGGAAAGCAGGGCACAUCCUGGCCUUCACGUCCUGCCUCAGGUCCUCCGGUGCAAGCCAUCACCACUCUCCGUCAGUGCUCUCCAAGUCCGGUUCACUCGCCCAGGUCACUGCAACACGGCUCCCGGCUGGUCCACAGCCCUGGGCCCGCGGCAGAAUCACCCCGGCAGCUUUUCAGAAGUAUACACACCCGGGCCCUGCUCCAAACAAACUACGCCGGACUCCCUGGAGGCCAGAGCUGGGCAUUGUUUCUAAGUUCCCCCAGGGGGCGCUCUCUCGUGGGAACCCGAACUAAGGCAUCAAGGAUCACUGUUACCCCUUUUUGGCGCUGUCAACCUCUGCUGGACAGCGGAAUCACUGUCACUCCCGUGGCCUUGCUCACACCGCAGACCCAGCCCGCCGCAGUCACCCGGCCUGGGUGUUUUGUGAGCUGUCCCGGGGCUCCGUCGUGCCCCAGGUGCUGGCACUGCUGCUCUGGGUGCUCCUCCCCUCUUUUCACUCCUCUCCCACACAGUAGCUGGAAGACCUUUCCAUCCACCAACCCAAUCCUGUCCCCCUCCAGCUUACAGUCUUUAAUUGGCAUCUUCUUGUUUUUAGGAUGAAAUGUAGACCCUACCUUGGCAUCCAAGGCUGUUCCUGAGAUGUGGCCAAGGUACCCACCAGCCUCCAGUAAGGGGCCCGGGAGAUGACCUGGACCCGGAGCCCUGCACCACGCCCCACCGGCGUGUAAAGGCCGAGCAGGAAGCAGGCAGCUGAGAAGGGGAGGGCGCUGGAGGCACAGGGUGUGGACCAGGGAAUCGAGGAACCCAGGAGCGAUGCAUUUCAGUACUUGUCACGCCGCAUUAAAACUGUUCUAGGAUGUGGCUCCUCCCA